AAGAUGGAACAUAGCAGGUUUCUGUCUGGCCUGAUACUGGCUGCGUUUCUCUCCCGAGUGAGCCCCUAUGAGGUAGAAAUGGAGGAACUUGAGGACAAAGUGUUUGUGAGUUGCAAUACCAGCAUCAUAUGGCUACAAGGAACAGAAGGAGAACUACUUUCAGAUAAAAAAAUAGACCUGGGAAAACGCAUCCUGGAUCCAAGAGGAUUAUAUAAGUGCAAUGCGCCAAAAGAACAAGACAGCAACAGCAAAAUAUUUCUGCAAGUAUAUUAUCGAAUGUGCCAGAACUGCGUGGAGCUGGACUCAGCUACCCUGGCAGGCAUCAUUGUCACCGACAUCAUCGCCACUCUGCUCCUCGCUUUGGGAGUCUACUGCUUUGCUGGACACGAGAUGGGAAGGUUCUCUAGGGCUGCUGACACUCAAGAUUUGUUGAGGAAUGACCAGCUCUAUCAGCCCCUUCGAGAUCGGAAUGAUGGUCAGUACAGUCGUCUUGGUGAGAACUGGGCUCGGAACAAGUAAACCUGUGACUGGUGGCUUCUAGGUGCAUCUGUUACCGACUCAACUUCUCUCCUUGCUCAGCUGAGAAAGAUGUCCUCCUUCAGUUGGCAGGUGCCUGGAUUUUGAAGGAUCCUGGGUGAGGCAUGGGAGUGGUCCUGACUUGGCUGAGCCUUUGCCCUCCCUGCCCACCUGUGUCCUUCUUUCUUCGCUUCCCUUUCUCUGCCCCACAUGGACGGUAUGAUGGGCAGUGUCUCACCAUAU